CCGCCCGGAUGGCCAGGGCUGUGCCCGGGAAUGGCGGAGCGAGAGAGCGGCGGCCUGGGCGGGGGAGCCGCGUCCCCGCCGGCCGCCUCCCCGUUCCUGGGGCUGCACAUCGCGUCGCCUCCCAAUUUCAGGCUCACCCAUGACAUCAGCCUGGAGGAGUUUGAGGAUGAAGAUCUCUCAGAGAUCACUGAUGAGUGUGGCAUCAGCCUUCAGUGCAAAGACACCUUGUCUCUCCGGCCCCCGCGCGCCGGGCUGCUGUCUGCGGGCGGCGGCGGCGGCGGCAACGCGGGGAGCCGGCUGCAGGCCGAGAUGCUGCAGAUGGACCUGAUCGACGCGGCGGGGGACACUCCGGGUGCGGAGGACGAUGAAGAGGACGACGACGACGAGCGCGCGGCUCGGAGGCCCCGAGUGGGGCCGCCCGAAGCCGACUCGGGCCAGGAGCCCGCGCCUCGCGGUCAGGGCCAAGGCCAGAGCACGGGCAGCGGGGACACGUACCGGCCCAAGCGGCCCACCACGCUCAACCUCUUCCCGCAGGUGCCGCGCUCUCAGGACACACUGAAUAAUAAUUCCCUAGGCAAAAAGCACAGUUGGCAAGAUCGGGUAUCUCGAUCAUCCUCUCCUUUGAAGACAGGAGAGCAGACACCUCCACAUGAACACAUCUGCCUGAGUGAUGAGCUGCCACCCCAGAGUAGCCCGGCCCCCACCAAGGAUCGAGGCACUUCCACCGACAGCCCUUGUCGCCGCAGUGCUGCCACCCAGAUGGCGCCUCCAGGUGGUCCACCUGCCACUGCACCUGGUGGCCGAGGCCACUCACAUCGAGACCGAAUUCACUACCAGGCAGAUGUGCGACUUGAGGCCACCGAGGAGAUAUACCUGACCCCAGUGCAGAGGCCCCCGGACCCUGCAGAGUCCGCCUCCACCUUCUUGCCACCCACGGAGAGCCGGAUGUCAGUCAGCUCCGAUCCAGACCCUGCUGCCUACCCGUCAACUGCAGGACGGCCGCACCCCUCCAUCAGUGAAGAGGAUGAGGGCUUCGACUGCCUGUCAUCCCCAGAACGGGCUGAGCCACCAGGUGGAGGGUGGCGGGGAAGCCUGGGGGAGCCACCACCACCUCCACGGGCCUCGCUGAGCUCUGACACUAGUGCCCUGUCCUAUGACUCAGUCAAGUACACGCUAGUGGUAGAUGAGCAUGCACAACUGGAGCUGGUGAGCCUGCGGCCAUGCUUUGGAGACUACAGCGAUGAAAGUGACUCGGCCACUGUCUACGACAACUGUGCCUCUGCCUCUUCACCCUACGAGUCAGCCAUCGGUGAGGAGUACGAGGAGGCCCCCCGGCCACGGCCCCCUACCUGCCUGUCAGAGGACUCCACACCUGAUGAGCCCGAUGUCCAUUUCUCCAAGAAAUUCCUGAACGUCUUCAUGAGUGGCCGCUCUCGCUCCUCCAGUGCUGAGUCCUUUGGGCUGUUCUCCUGUGUCAUCAAUGGGGAAGAGCAAGAGCAAACCCACCGGGCAAUAUUCAGGUUUGUGCCCCGACAUGAAGAUGAACUUGAGCUAGAAGUGGAUGACCCUCUGCUGGUGGAGCUCCAGGCUGAAGACUAUUGGUACGAGGCCUACAACAUGCGCACCGGUGCCCGAGGCAUCUUUCCUGCCUACUAUGCCAUCGAGGUCACCAAGGAACCUGAGCACAUGGCAGCCCUGGCCAAAAACAGUGACUGGGUGGACCAGUUCCGGGUGAAGUUCUUGGGCUCUGUCCAGGUUCCCUAUCACAAGGGCAACGAUGUCCUCUGUGCUGCUAUGCAAAAGAUUGCCACCACCCGCCGGCUCACCGUGCACUUUAACCCGCCCUCCAGCUGUGUCCUUGAGAUCAGUGUUAGGGGCGUCAAGAUAGGUGUCAAGGCUGAUGAUGCCCAGGAUGCCAAGGGAAAUAAAUGUAGCCACUUUUUCCAGCUGAAAAACAUCUCUUUCUGUGGAUACCAUCCAAAGAACAAUAAGUACUUCGGGUUCAUCACUAAGCACCCUGCUGACCACCGAUUUGCCUGCCACGUCUUUGUGUCUGAAGACUCCACCAAAGCCCUGGCAGAGUCUGUAGGGCGUGCAUUUCAGCAGUUCUACAAGCAGUUUGUGGAGUACACCUGUCCCACGGAAGAUAUCUACUUGGAGUAGCAGUGCCACCACCCUCUGGCAGUCCUCCCGGCCCCAGGCCAGUGCCAGGACAUCUGGAUGUUGACAGGACAUGGCAUCGCUGCCACUGAUGGGGAAGUGAGGGCUGUCAGCCCGGGGUGGGGGGCAGGGCUGGGGGAGAGGCAGAUGCAGUUUAUUGUAAUAUAUGGGGUUAGAUUCAUCUAUGGAGGACAGUGUGGGCUCUCCGGGGACUAGGAGAGGGCAGGGCAAGGGGAGUAGACCUCUGGCCAUGAAGGCAUCCAUUCUCGGAGCAGAGGCACUGCCCUGUCCUGGGCCUCAGUUCCCCUGCCAGGGGCUCUGGCUCACUGGCUGUUGGCUCCUGCCUUGACAAAGCUCACAGCACCAUCCACAAGUGCCCAUCUUCCCCGUCCCCAAAUCCACCCAGAGCCCUGAGCUCAGGCUGAGUCCAGCCACCUCCCAAGGACUUUCCAGUAAGGAAAUGGCAACAGGUGGCAGCAGAGUCCUUGUCCUCCUCUGUUUGUGGGGCUUCUGGGCAUCUCCCACUCCAGCCUGCCAGCAUGCUGGUCCCAGCAGGUUUCAGUGCCCCUGGGAAGGAAAAGGCUACCCAGGCCCUGCCCAGCAGCAAAAGGAGGCCUUCUGACCAGCCCCAUCAUGGUCUUGUCACCUGACCACAACUAUUAAAGUGCCAUUUCCUAUCUGGA